AUGGGGCAUUUGCCAGCAAGACGCGUAGCAGUAACAAGGCCGUUUUACUCCACUGGUGUUGACUUUUGUGGACCUAUUCUCACCACCGUCCGACUUCGAGGAGCACGCACUGUGAAAAGCUAUUUGGCGAUCAUGGUUUGUUUUUCAACCAAGGCGGUACAUAUUGAGGUGGUAUCCGACCUCAGUACAAAGGCGUUUAUGGCAGCGCUCAAGCGGUUUGUGGCGCGAAGAGGCUUAUGUCACCACCUUUAUUGUGACAACGGCACUAACUUUGUGGGUGCUCGGAGAGAAAUGCAAGAGUGGAAACAGAUGUUCUUCUCCCAACAACAACAGCACAAGAUAAGCGAGUUCUGCGCAGUAAAGGGCAUUGCAUGGCACCAUAUACCGCCGCGCUCCCCACAUUUUGGCGGGCUGUGGGAGGCGGCGGUGAAAUCGGCUAAAUACCACCUUACGCGUACGUUGGGUGAUGCACACUUUACGUUUGAAGAGUUGUGUACAAUAACCACAGAAAUCGAGGCGAUUUUGAAUUCGCGGCCGUUGUGCACCGGUUCGGCCGAUCCUAAUGACGAAGAAGUGCUAACACCAGCGCAUUUUCUGGUUGGUAGCACACCGGAUGUAUUAGCAGAACCACUACUAGAACCAGCAAAGGUCAGUCUUAGAGAUCAAUGGCAACGUCUGACAGUCAUGAAGCAGCAUUUCUGGGCUCGAUGGAGCAAAGAAUACCUGCAGGAUAUGCAACGCAAGGCGAAGUGGAUUAAACCGCAACGUAAUUUGGCAGUAGGUGACUUGGUGUUAGUAGCUGAAGACAACGCUCCGCCAAAGCAUUGGAUGAUGGGCCGUGUUGAGCGGGUCGUACCAGAUGAAGCUGGCGCCGUGCGUGUUGCUGAAGUGCGUACGAAGAAUGGUUGCAUCAAGAGGGCAAUACAGAAACUUGCCCGCAUCCCAACCGAAGAUGAAAUUAAUGGUUGA